UGGCCGGUGCGAUGGGCGGGGCCUGGGCGGGCGGGACGCGCCUCCCCGGGUGCCCGUGCGCGCAGAGGCCGCCUCGCUGUGCCGAAGUGCUGCCGCGCCGAAAGCCUCGGGAAAGGACGAGGAGCGGCGCGAGGCCGGGCCCGAUAUGCCUCCCGCUGCCGCGGUACCCGCCGGCGCCUGCGCGCCCGCGGCCUCGCAGUCGCAGUCCGGCCGCGAGCAGGCAGCGCUUUGAGGACUCGCCGCCUUCCCCGCGCUCUGCGGCUCCGCCUCGGCUCGCUUUCUCAGCCGCCGGCCGCCAUGGCGUGUGCCGCCCGGCAGAGCGCAGGCUCGGGACACACGGGACCUCCGCGGCACCGGGCGCUGCGCGGGCUGCUGUUGCUCUGUCUGUGGCUGCCGAGCGGGCGCGCGGCCGGACCGCCUACCGCGUCGCUGUCCGAGCUGCACGCGCAGCUCUCGGGCGUGGAUCAGCUGCUGGAGGAGUUCCGCUGGCAGCUGCAGCAGCAGCGGCCCCAGGAGGAGCUGGAGCUGGAGCUGCGCGCGGGCGGCGGCCCCAGGGAGGACUGCCCGGGCGCGGGCGGCGGCGGCUACAGCGCCAUGCCCGACGCCAUCAUCCGCACCAAGGACUCCCUCGCGGCCGGCGCCAGCUUCCUGCGGGCGCCGGCGGCCGUGCGGGACUGGCGGCAGUGCGUGGCGGCCUGCUGCUCCGAGCCGGGCUGCUCCCUGGCGGUGGUAGAGCUGUCUCCGCGGCCCACGCCCCUGGCCCCCGCGCUCGGCUGCUACCUCUUCAACUGCACCGCGCGCGGCCGCAGCGUCUGCAAGUUCGCGCCGCGCCGCGGCUACAGCAGCUACAGCUUCAGUCGCACCCGGCAGGGCGGGCCGGAAGUCCAGGAAGCUGGCGUCCCGGCCACGGCCCGGGCCUCGUCUCGGCUGGAAAAAGACAAUCCCCCACUUAGCAAGGCCGGGCAGGACGUGGUUUUGCAUCUCCCCAUGGAUGGGGUGAUUUUGGAUGGCCGCAGGAGCACAGAUGACCACGCCAUCGUCCAGUAUGAGUGGACACUGCUGCAGGGUGACCCCUCAGUGGACAUGAAAGUCCCUCAACCAGGAACCCUGAAACUGUCCCACUUACAGGAAGGAACGUACACCUUUCAGCUCACUGUGAUGGACACUGCCGGCCAGAGAAGCUCUGACAAUGUCUCGGUGACCGUGCUUCCCAUGACCUUCUCCACAGGAGGAUGCCUCAACACUUGCUCACGCUACCACUUUUUCUGUGAUGAUGGCUGUUGCAUUGACAUCACACUGGCCUGCGAUGGAAUGGAGCAGUGUCCUGAUGGGUCCGACGAAGCUUUCUGUCAAAAUUUGAGCCUUGCCGGGAAGAAGGUGACUCACACAGCAACUGCCCAGCCUAGAAGCACAGGACAGAGCAAAGACACAGCAGGGGGCUCCUUAGUGGAGAAGUCCCAGAAAGCCACUGCCCCAGACCAGCCACCUGUGUCAUCAAGCACAGAGAAGAGGAAUCAUUCUGCCUUCGGGGCACCAGAGAGUCAAGCUGAUCCUGUAAAACCAGAUGGUGGUUCCUCAGGGAAGAACAGAAAAGAGGAAAAUUAUAAUAUUUUUGAGUCAAAGAGCGAUCAAGGACGAGGAGAACACCCAGCCCCAGAAACAGGUGCAGUGCUCCCACUGUCACUGGGUCUGACCAUCACUGCUUUGCUGCUUCUCAUGGUUGCUUGCAGACUGAGACUGGUGAAGCAGAAACUUAAAAAAGCUCGUCCCAUUACAUCUGAGGAAUCCGACUACCUCAUAAAUGGGAUGUAUCUGUAAGAAGUGUAAUGUAAGUAGCUGGGGGCAAGGACAUGUUUCACUUGUAACAUAUGUAUAUUGGGUUCUGUAUAUUUGCAACCUCUUUUGUUUUUUACUGGGCUAAGAAAAUACUGAAAUCCCACAAGAUUCUGAAAAUCUCAAACCUUUUAUUUAUUGUAGAUUUUCUUGGGAAGUAUGUGAAAUAUUUUGAAAUUUAAGAGAGGAAUUCUUAUGAUGAAAGGCUUUCUAAGUUUAAUUUUGAUUUGUGUAAGCAGCCCUAAAAAUAGAAAUUUGUAGUUGGCCAAGGCAGAAAACUCAGCAUGCCAAAAGGUGGCCUUCAAAUGGCAGUGCUAACCCUUUGCUUUUCAGAAACUCCUCCCCAGCUCCCGCAGCCCUGGCUCCCUGUGCCCACUUCCCGUUCUGUGGCCCUCCUCUUCCGUUCAGCUAUGUGAUUUCCUUUCUCUUCUCCCUUCGAGACCUGUUCCUGAGACUGGAUUUCAACUGAGUUUCAAACUUCGAUGAGACGUUAUCUAAAGGCAGGAAUAUCUAAAUUGUAAUCCUCAUGGACAUGCCACCGAGGCCUCAGAGAGGGUGAAUGUGCGUUCUUUCCAGGGGUCAUGAGGUGACAGGAAGUCAAGGUAGAUUCAGAAAACCUGGUAGGGCAAUAAUCAUCACAGAAAUUUAGCUGAGGGCAAAGAGAGCGAGGAUGACAAUCGGUAUUUUCUUCUGUCUACUCAGCACUGCUUGAGUUCAGAACACAGCAGAUCAUUUGCACAGUCACUGGUUCUCAACAUUAGCCUGUGUUCAUGGAGGAGAAAAAUGCAUUCAAGUUGAAAAGCAGAACAUUGAAUGGCUUUGGGGGAACACCUUUUGUAAAAAUGUCAGGUUUUUUCAUCCCAAGGAAUAAGCCAGUUUUCCCCAUUACUUAUUUAAUGCAUUAGAAUGUUAGAAUGUGCAAUGAGCUAAUGCCAGGCUUAUGUGUUCCCAGAGCAAAAAGCAGUUUUACACAAAUUCAUGUCUACAAAAAACUGGCAUCUAGCUUUGCAUCUUUUCCCUUCUAAUCAAUCGGUAGGAUUCUAAAGCCAAUUAUUCCCAUCAUCACUUAAUGCCUGGAUUAUACACAUUGUAGAAAUUAUUCUGAGGAAUCUACAGUGUGGUCCCUGUCUACACUCACAUGAUGUUCCUAUUUACAUUUAUUGUAAGUGGCAAAUCUUUUAAAAUACUUGAAAACACUCAAGAACACUUUAUUACCAGACUGAACCAGAGGUUGCUUCUUUAACAAGGGGCUUACUUUAGGUUGGAGACAUAACAGAAUAACAAAUGGAAAAUUAAAUCUAGGAAAAACAAAUUGGUUAUUUUUACUUCCUGAGAAACUCAUUUUGUUGAAUGCACAGAACUGAGCAGAGAUUUAAAUUUCUCCCCAAGGAGAGUUUAGAGAAGUGACUGUGUGAAUAAACUUAAGAUGUUUGUACCCUGUAUGGGAUGCUGUGUAGUUUUUUCCCUAGAAGGAUGUCACUUACAGCCAUACUCAAUAAACUAGAAACUGACGAGGCAUGCGUCUUUCAGCACAUCUUUUAUACAUGAAGAAAUUAAAGUUUAGUAUUGCUGUGGUGUUGAAAUACUUACAAAAAGAUGUCCUGUAUCUAUGUGUACUAUAUUCCUUUAAUAAAUUGUAUUUUAUUCUUAA